CAAGCAACAACUUAUCAAAGCAAUCUCGGAUUCCUCACCCUCUCUCUUUCCAUCUCUUCCUCCCCGUGUUCUCGCUGAAGUUGCGAAGAAACCUCCAGAACACUUUCUCCUCACUCUCUCUCUCCAAAAUCACUUACUCUCUCUCUCUCUCUCUCUCUAAUCAGGUGCUAACUACCAUUGGCAAUGACCUUGCUUGGUUGGUGCUAAAAGACUCAAGAAAUUGACUGAUUUAGUUAUUUAAAAGAAUAAACUUGCAAACUUGAUUGUAAUUAUUGAGGUUGGGUUUGAAGGCACCUCAGGACACGUUGCUGGGGGAUUAAUCCGCGAAUCAUUUUUGUUAAGGUAUCGAGAAGGGUUGUGCACGUGCAAACUUUGGAGGGAUGCCGGUGUCAGGAAAUGAAGAGACUGGGGUUAAACCCCUUGCCCAGCAUUCUAGUCUUAACAUUGCAGGUGUUCCUAUCAAGAAAAGGAGGUUCAUCUGGCCUCCUUCGCCUCCACCAGAAGAACAAUCUGUGCCACUGUUGGGAAAUGAUUCUGCACAGAAAGAACCUGGCAGCACAUCUAAUGAGUCAACUCCUUCCAAUUCUAGUGUUGCAGCGAGUUCUGAUUUAUCUGAUCCAGUCAAGAAUUCUGUAGCUGAAGAAAAUAAGAACAGGUUGGACAGCAUUGUGCAAAUGAAUGCUGAGAACUGCGCAGGAGUUAAAGUUGACGCACAGAACCUUGCAACCCAUCCUGAUUCUUUGGCUAAGUUUGGCAAACAAGAGAAGCCUGUGGUGGAAGAAAAGUCUGCCAACACGUUGUUGAUUUCAGCGAAAACUGAGUUGAAUUUAGAAUCCGAUAAAGGUCCUGGACUCAAUGUUGGUAAAGAGAUAUGCGGCCAACAAAUAUUGGAAGGAAAGUGUAAAUCAGAGAUGCCAAUAGCUUCAGUAACUUCUCAGUUUUCUUUAGGUUUAAAGGAACACGAUGUUUCAUCUUUGGAAUGUUAUAGCAAUGAUGGUAGUCAAAUUAAUGAAAAUGUAGGAGCUGUUUCAUUGAAUUUGUCUUUAAGCGAGGGUGAGACUGGUGUUCUGCACAAAAUGGACAAUAUUCUUGCUACCGACAGCACUGAUGUUUUUGCUAACAGAUCGAACUGGGAUUUGAAUACUACUAUGGAUACAUGGGAUGGUUCUUCUAGUUAUGAACAUGCUGCUCAAGAAACUGCUGAUGGGUGGAACAGAGUUGGUGUCAAAUGUGAUAUUACUACUGGAAUAGUUGGAACUGGUAUGUCUAAUGGAAGGCAACUCCUUGAUAGCAGUGAGUGCAAAUCUAGUUUCCCCCAAACAUUUUCUGAUUGUGCCAAGGAGUAUACAUCUGAGGAUUCCCUUCAUCUUCGUCUCAGUCCAUCCUUUCCUUCUUUUAACUUAAGCCAGGAGCAUUCCAGUUCUUCUGCUAAUAAAGAAAGCUGCAUUAUUCCUAACAUUAGCUUGCCUGGGAGCUUGUUGUCAACAGGCAAUGCAACCGUGGCUAACUGUAGGGGCAUAAAAUCAGAACCAUUUGAUGGGAGCCUCAAACAUGAUCUUAGAGGAGCCAAAGUCAAUCCAUUUGAUUUUUUUGUUAAGCGCGAGUUAGUAGAGAAGGGUAGUCUAGAAACCUCGAAGUCGUCAGCUUUUGAUUCUUUGAAAUUAGUUGGUCAUGGAUUCAUAAAACCAGAACCAUUUCAUGAUGGCAAACCAGAAACACCCAGGAUGGUAGGUGGGGGGUCAAUCCAACCUGAUAAACAGGUGCUACAAAGUCAGGAUACUGGAGAGCAAUCUCCUUGUUCAGCAAGUAAAAUAGUGCUGCAAGUUCAGGAUACUACAGGACAACCUUCAUGUUCAACAGAUAACCAGGUGAGGGAAGGUCAAGAUAUCUUAGCAAAACCUACUUGUUCAACAGAUUUGUCUAUAAGUGGCAAUGCAUCAGACCGAUUAGAAUAUACCACAUGUGUUGAAGGUGCCCUUCUUAGGAACGCCAUGCCAAAGGAAGCACCUGAAAGUGCUGGGCAGGUUUCUUCAGAAAUGGUUUCUAUGCCUUUAGGUCACAGUGGUGAGGAAUUAGAUGCUUCUGUUAAGAUAGAUACUGCAAUUACUAUGGACAGAAAUGGUGAUGCCCCGGAGCAGUGUGAACUGAAAAUUACAGAGGAAGUCCCUGCAGGUUCACAUGGAAAUGGUGAGGCUUCUGUAACCGAUGAGGAAAAGAUUAACUUGUCUGGUGAUAUGAUAGAAGAAGAUUCUUAUGGCUCUGGCUAUGAGUCCGAUGGUAAUACUGUGUCUAUGGAUAUAGAUGAAGAGAGGCGAGAACACAAGUAUGAAGAUGGCGAGGUCCAAGACCCGCAUCUGCAAGCUGCGGAAGAGUGUCAGAAAUGUGAGGAAAAAGAUGUUAGUCAUGGUAAUUCUGAACAUGAAAAGGCAAACUCUGGACUUGCUGGUGAUGAUCAUUAUAUUUCAUCCCUUGUUGAGGAAAAUGAUUCUAAAAUAGAACUUUCUGAAAACAAUGAAGUUACUGUGAAAGAAUGCAUCACCAGAACCAUUGAAGAUGCUGAUAAUGCUUCUGUGAAAGAAUCACCAACAGUUGAGAUGUCAACUUGUGGGGCAGAGCAAGAGAGGGAAACCACAAUCAUUCAAAGAAAAUCACUUGACUUAUCUGGAAAGAAAGAUUGUCCUGUGGGCCAGGGGACAGAACUGUCAUCUGGACAAGACAUUACUGCAGGUCAAGGGGUUUUAGUUUCUGUUGAGCAAGGUUCAGACGAGAACAUUAAGACAAAUAACAUGGAAAAGAAUGAGUUGCCUGAGUUAGAGGCAUCUUUAAAUGGUGGUGAUAUGGCUAAGGAUGUCAGCAGCAGCCGGAGUAGGAUUAUAAACUUGCCUAGAGCUUCUAAUUCAUCAUCUCCUGGCAAGACAAGAUCUAUAUCAGGCAGGCCUUUUUCAACAUAUCAAGAAAGAUUACCUGACGGGCCGCUUGAGGGUGGAAAACUACAUCCCCAAGGGAGGGAUGAAAUUUAUAUUGAUCGCAGAUUCUCAAGAGAUAGACACCAAGAGCAUUUUCCCAGAAACUCUAGAAUGAAUUUUGUCCGUGGUAGAGGGAGGAUUUCCAGCCGGAUUGACACUCUUCGUGGUGACAGGGAUUCUGAACGUAACUAUGCUUCAGAAUUUUACAAUGGUUCAUCAGAUUUUGCUGUUCGCAGGCAUAAAUAUGCUUCUGCUGCUGCUGAGGCUGAUUCUGAAUCUAUUAAUUAUAAUAUCGCACCAGAUGGUUCAUUUGGAGGUACUGCACGGGGAGGGAGGAAGCUACUGGAUGAUGAGACACCAGUUUUCCGCAAUGGACCCUCAAGGAGGCGGUCUCCUGAAGGGAGAGAUGUGCCUGCUGCACGAGGCAUUCAAAUGGUGCAUAGAGUUCCUCGAAACAUUGGCGAAGAGGGUUCUGAAGUUAUUGGAGCAAGGCACACUGAGAAUAUGAGGGGAUUCCCUGAUGAUGGUACAGAGCAGGCAUUUAGGCGACCCCAACCUUCAUACGAAGGGUUAGAUGGUCAUUUUGUCCAAGGGACUAGGAACUAUUCAUCUGUUCAUAGAAGGGCUCUUCCCCAAUUUCGUUCGAAAUCUCCAAUUAGAUCUCGUUCUCCUGGUCCAUGGUCAUCUGCCAGAAGAUCUCCAGAUGGGUUUGGUGGGACUUCAGAAUUGUCUAAUCGAAGAUCACCAAUUUACAGUAUGGGGAGGAUCAGAUCACCUGACCAUCCUGGUUUUCCCAGGGAAAUGGUUGUUAGGAGGCACGGUUCUCCACCAUUCUUAUCACGACCUCCUGAUACCAGGGAAACAGAUCCUGGUCAUUCAAGGUCUAUUAUCUCUAAUAGGGGCCAAACAGGAAGGGUUUUUCUCAGAAACAGUAGGAGGUUUGGUAUUACAGAUCCUCGAGAAAGGACAGACAGUGAUGAGUUCUUUGGAGGGCCCAUACACUCUGGUCGAUUUCAUGACCUUGGUGGUGAUGGGAAUGUGGAAGAUAGAAGAAGAUUUAGCGAGAGGCGGGGACCUGUCCGUUCAUUUAAGCCUCCUUUUAAUGGUGCUGGUAGUGAAAAUUUUCAUCUUAAUCCAGAGGAUGGCCCCCGACCUUUUAGAUUCUUUCCGGAAGAUAAUCCAGAGUUCCAUGAAAGAACUAAUUUGAGGGAAAGGGAGUUUGAUGGACGGAUUAGGAACCGUCCUGGAAAUGCACCCAGAAGACCCCGAGGCAUUGAAGAGCAGGAAGGAAAUUACAGGCAUGGUAGGCAGGUAUUGUAUGAUGAUGGGUUUGAUAUUUCAAGAAUGAAAAGGAAAAGGUUUUAAUAGCAUCUGCAAUAGGCCAGGAUCCAGGGCUUGUUAUUUUUUAGCAUAAAGGGGACCAAAGACAGAAUUGGUUUUGGUUACACAGAUGGAUUGAUAAAUGUUCUUUGCCCGAAGCACAAAUCAAGUUGCUGUUCUCUUUGUGGUUCUCAAAUCAAGUUGCAGAUGUAAUGCCAGAUGCUGGCUUCUUUUAACUCUGGAUACUUGCAACCACCAGAUGACUGUUCUGUCAUGUACAUAGCUUCUCUCUCAGAAUUCUAUCUGCUGGUUCCUUGUUUUAAAUUCAGGAUGUUAGGUGCACAUUUCAACUUUUCAUCUUAGCAAGUUUUAUAUCCUCGUAAUUAUGGUGGCACUUUAUAUAUGGUCAAGAUUAUCAGUUAAAAUCUAUGGUCAAGAUUAUCAGUUAAAAUCAGUGUUUGUCUAAUCUCCACCGGAAAAGCCCAAGUUUCUCAAUUUUUUUUAGCUUGACAUGCUGAUUAUGCUUGGUGGGUUGGAGCAGGCAUGCAGCGAGGCAUUGUUGUAAUUUCAGUCUGAUUCUGAAGUCAUCAAGGAAGCUUCAAUAAAAUCAGUGACUUUCUGCUCUUUGCUUUGCUUCACCUUCCCUUUGUUAUGUUGCCCAAAUAUGAACAUUCCAAUCAUGUUACCAAAUUUGUGCGGCUAGCUCGUACAGUUACUGCACAGUGCUCAAGCUUUUAGAAAGUACUAGUUGUUGCUAUCUGCUUUAAUUACAUAGAGAACUUUUCAGGCUUGCAGCUGCUUAUAACUUACAGUACAACUGUUGGAAUCUGGAAAUGUCUGGUGGGCUGAGGUAAUCUGACUGCAGGAAUCUUAGACUUUACUGAGUUCCAUGGUUUUCUUGUGCUGCAAGUACUCUUUAUGGACACAAGUUCGACUGAACUUUGGUUAAGCUUUUGUCAAUUUUCUUGUAGAAAGUCUUAAAUGCUUUCAAGAGGCAGUGGGCAAUGGCAUGUUAGGUUAGCCGAGAAACUUCUUUGGAUGUCCACUAGCCACAGGCUUUCCUAUCUAUGCUUUUAUUUAUUCCUUGAUUUGAAAAUCAACUUCUCAUUGGCCA